AAAACCUCUUUCCUUUUUUUUUUCUUUCUUUCUUUUUUUUUUUUUAUUAAUUCACAACAAAUCAAUAAUUAUAUUCUAAGGUUUUUUAUAGUUAUUUUGGUUCCAAAAUCAGCCUCUUUGCAUCAACACUCAUUUUCUUUUCCUCUCAGCUCAGCUCUAUUUUCCGUUCACCAUGAACCCGCCUGAAUUCCCCUCCGGCGGAACAUCAUCGCCGUCGUCAAAGAAAGAGCUCCAAAUCCAAGGGACACGUCCACCACCUCUCAGAGUCAGCAAAGAAUCCCGUAAGAUUUGCAAGCCGCCGUUGCCACCCGCCGCCCACCUACGGCAGCCGCCGCCGCCGCCUCCGGAGGACAACCAGCGUCAGCAGCCGGUGAUCAUCUACUCCGUAUCUCCCAAAGUCCUUCACGUCACCGUCAACGACUUCAUGAACGUGGUCCAGCGCCUCACCGGACCAUCCUCCGGCGACGAACCCCCUCAACGAUCCGGCGAUGUAUCGCCGGCGGCCAGGCUUGCAUCCAUCGAAAAAACAAGCCCAUCGGAGAAGGAAAGAGUUCACAGCGGAGACGACGACUUGAUGGCGUGGCUGUUAGAAGGAGUGGAAGUGGGUCAAUUCCCCGGUAUAUUAUCGCCAGCGCCGGCGACUUUGCCGCCGAUACCGUCGGGGUAUUUUUCGCCCGUGACAGAUCCGCAAACGAUGUCGUUUUUGCAAGAACUGAGCCCGUUUUGGUCAGCGGCGAGCCCGUCGGGUUUACUUUCCGCCGCCGUGGUUUCUCCGCUGCCGUCGCCGGACCUCUUCAAUCUCUUUGACUAAUUUUUAUUUCUUUUUCUAUUUUUAUUUUUUGCCUAAAAUAGUUUUGGCUUUUUGUCGAUGAUUGAUUGGGAAAGGACUAAGGAGGUGGUGGAAAAUUCAAUAUUCACUGACUUUUGUGCCAUAAAGUUUUGUAGUCUGUAUAUUUAUGUGCUGAAAAAUAAGAAAAGUAGAAGAAAAAAAUUGAGGUCUGUGCAAUACUGUUCUGUAUUAAUAUUGGCUCUAUUUAUGUCACA